AUAUUUUAUAGAGUAGUCGCAGACGUUGAACCUGGAGAAGAGCUCUUACUGUACAUGAAGAGUGAAGACUACUCCCAUGAAACAAUGGCGCCCGAUAUUCAUGAAGAGCGCCAGUACCGCUGUGAGGACUGUGACCAGCUCUUUGAAUCCAAAGCUGAAUUAGUGGACCACCAGAAAUUCCCCUGCAGCACCCCUCACUCCGCGUUCUCCAUGGUGGAAGAAGACUUUCAGCAAAAGCUGGACAGUGAGAGUGACCUCCGCGAAAUGCAGGAGAUUCAAGAAUGUAAAGAGUGUGACCAAGUCUUCCCAGAUUUGCAAAG